UUCAUAAUAUUAGGCACCAUGUCGGUCACGAGGAAAUUUUCCGAUAUCUUAACACGAAGGACUAUUAAUUCGAGUGUUAGAUUUUUCCAAGUCUGUGUGAUGGGAGGCGCGAGCGAGAUCGGGCAAGCCGUCAGUUUGAUGUUGCGCACCGAGCCGGCCGUGGGCAAGCUGGUGGUGCACGACACGUGGCGAGCGGCGCCGGGGGUCGUCAUAGAGCUGUCGCACGUCCCCUCCAAGUCCACACUCAAAGGCUACUUGGGAGAGGCCACAAUGAAGCAAGCGCUAGACGGCAGCGACUUGAUACUUUUAGUCGGAGGACUACUCAAGACCCCCGGCAUGUCCGACGAAGCGUGUUUGGACGCCAACACGGAAUUUGUAAAAACGGUAUCCUCACAAAUCGGCAGACUGUCUAGAAUGCCAUUCGUGGGAGUCGUCGCCGAGCCGAUCAACUCGCUGGUGCCGAUGGCCGCGGAACUGAUGAGAAACGAAGGCACGUUCGACGGCAGGAAACUGUUCGGCGUCACUACGAUAGAUUGGAUGAGAGCGCGGACGCUUUACGGGGCGCGGCACGGCGUGGCGCCCGAGGAAUGCUUCGUGCCCGUCGUCUGCGGGCAUUCGGAUGAGACUACCGUACCUCUCAUUUCGCAGGCGAGACCCGGGACGGAUAUGACGGAUCCGGAAAUACGCAAGUUUGUGAGUCGAUUACGGGGGUACGAGGAGAGUGUGACGCGGGCCAAGCGCGGCCAGUCGCCGACCGUGUCGGUCGCGUACGGCGCGCUGGUGUGCGCGCGCGGGAUCCUGGCGGCGCUGAGCGGCCGCGACGCCCUAGUGCACGCCUACAUUGAAAACAAUGAUUUCGGAACGUCAUACUUUUCCGGUUUAGUGCGAGUCGAUGCGAACGGUGUGAAAGAGAUGACGAGAUACACCGACGACAUCUCCGAAUGCGAGUGUCAGAUACUGGAAGAAGCUCUGGAUCGAUUGAGGAAAGAUGUCGCUAUGGGGAAGAAGAUAUUAGAAGUGGAGUGA